AUGGAAGCUCAAAUGAAACAGCUUAUCGCGGAACGUGGGUCCCUUAAGGCCAGGCUAACUCGUUUCAAGCGCUUUAUGGAAACCUCGGCUAGCGAAAUGCACGUAGACGCGUUAGGAAAAAAGAUUCAAGCAUACGAGGACUUGCGCGACAAAUUUGAUAAAGUACAAUCUCAAAUUGAGGUAAUCGUGACGGGUACAGACUCCGAGGCAUCACAUUUAGACGAGCGCGAUGACUUUGAAAACGUCUUCUUCCCGUUAAUCGCCUCUGCGCAAAGACAUCUCGCGAAUUUACGUGGUCCGCAAUCACCCGCGAAUUCCCCAAGCCACGCGUCAUCACACGCUCCAGACGCGCAGAUGAUUCCCCGGAUGCCGACUAUUUUGCUACAGAAUUUUGACGGAACGUACAACCAUUGGGUGCGUUUUCGCGACACGUAUUUGACGAUGGUCGACAAUAAUGAGUCGCUCACCGAUAUUCAGCGAUUUCACUACUUAACUUCAGCUUUAACGGUUUCCGCUGCGCGUAUAAUAGAAUCGUUGGGUGUCUCGGAAGCGAAUUAUGGAGUUGCAUGGGAGGCUUUAAAAAGACGAUUCGAAGAUCCUUACACUCUGGUCCACCAUCACGUAAAUGCACUGUUAGAAAUCCCAAAUAUGCAUAAACAAACUACCCACGCGUUUAGGGAGUUCAUUGACCAUGCGAAUAAUCAAAUCGUGGCAUUAGGCGCGUUAGGCGAACCGGUUAACGCGUGGGACACCAUAGUCGUUACUCUACUAUCGAAAAAACUGGAUUCAAUAACAUACAAUGACUGGGAUACGCAUGCCGAAAACCUACCACAUGGUAGUAGGAAACGCCUCGACCGAGCAACUUCGAACCACCAGUCGGCCGCGCAGGUAUUCGCAAAUCAGACCCGUCAGGGUCGCGCGUCCAAAGUUCAUGUCAAGACAAGUGCCGUAACGGCUCACGUCUCAAGUACGCGUAAUCAAUGCGUGCUAUGCGAGGGUGAGCAUCUAUUACAACACUGCGGUCAGUUAAAGGCAAUGCCAACCCCUAAGCGUCAUGAAACAGUUAAACACCUUCAAUCGUGCUUUAAUUGUUUGCGACAGGGGCACAGUAUCAAGGGUUGUACUCGGGGAACAUGCAGAAAGUGUGGAAAAAAGCAUAACACUCUUCUGCACCGCGAAGACGCGAAACAGGAGACGGUCUCCUUAGAAGCUCCGGUCGAAACAACCACUUCGUGCGUGUCUAAUUCGGCUAGCGUCGUGACAGAAUACACCGUACUGUCCACGGCAAUCGUGUUUAUCAAGGAUAGGCAGGGUCGGAAACAUGAAUGUAGGGCUUUGCUAGAUGUAGGUUCGCAAGCGAACUUCAUAACUGAGGAUUUACGCAAUAGAUUGGAUCUCCCAUAUUCUCACAUCGAUGCAGCGCACAAGAUAGAUUCAAGCGACUUGGUGUGGCAAAAAACGCGGUUAGGAUGGGUUCUGGACGGUUGGGUAGUUUGGCUACCUGGUGCGAACGUAAAGGAAACCUCUACCUGCCACAUGGCGACUAACGAACAAUUGGACAGAGCGAUUUCUCAAUUUUGGGAAAUUGAAGACAGCUACCCUACAUCAACGCGGACUACGAACGCGGCGGACGACCCUAGCGAACGGCAUUUCAAAGUCACGACGACACGUGACGAUGACGGACGAUACAUCGUAAAAAUUCCAUUCACCAGCAAACUAAGCGAUCUCAGCAAGUUGCGCACUCAGGCCGAAAAUCGCCUAUUAGGCAUGGAGCGUAGACUCGCCAAAGACCCCGAACUACACAGGCAGUCUUGCGCAUUUAUGACGGACUACGAAACAUUAGGACAUAUGACACGGAUCACAGACAAAGGAGUCAUUGAUGAACGUCCUAACUACUAUUUGUCACAUCACGCCGUGAUCAAAGAAUUCAGCUUCACCACAAAACUUCGAGUCGUCUUUGAUGGUUCCGCGAAAAGCUCGUCGGGUAUAUCAUUGAACGACACACAGCUUCUUAAGAGUCCUUCCAAUAGGUGGAAAACCUUUGUGGAGAACCGCGUCUCCCGGAUUCAGCAGAUAAUAAAUUCUGGACAUUGGAAUCACGUACUGUCACCCGACAAUCCUGCUGAUAUAAUAUUGCGCGGUGCCAGUCCUAGCGCACUGACCGAGUCCCAUCUAUGGUGGUUGGGACCUGCUUGGCUUGCACAUUGGCCGUCGGUAGUGGCCUGUCCCCAGGAGAUUCCUGAGGCGCGACAAGCCAGCACUUGCCUAACAGUUGCGCAUCAAGGCAAUCCACCCUCUGAUCUCUUCUCGAGCUACUCCUCCUACUCAAGGUUGCGUAGAAUCACGGCCUACUGUUUAAAGUUCACCAAAGCAGUGGCAAACAAGCUUUGGAAACCAUCGUCGCAGCCCUCGAACACGCAAAGAAGUUCGGUCAGCUCACAAUAUCUAACCACGUGUGAACUGCACGAUGCUGAAAUGGUUCUAAUAAAGCUCGCCCAAAGAGAGCAGUUCGGCCUAGAAUUCACCUUGCUUAGUGCACAAAAAUCGCUAACGCCUAAAAGCCCAUUGCUACCGUUGAACCCGUUCUUGGAUGAAAACGGACUAAUCAGGGUGGGCAGUCGUCUUAAAAAUGUGCCCAUCCCUUACGAUCAGAGACACCCGAUGAUUCUACCCGCGAAACAUCCACUCACCGCGCUCAUAAUCACAUGCUUCAGAGCCAACCCAAAGGGCACUAAUUACCUUAUGGGUGAUCUACCUGCAGCUUGUGUAACACCUGCUCGAGCCUUCUCUACCUGUGGUGUCGAUUACGCGGGGCCAUUCAUACUCAAGGAAAGAGGUCGCGCGCGAACCACGUACAAGUCCUACCUAUGCAUUUUCGUUUGCUUUGCCACGAAAACCGUCCAUAUUGAACUAGUCACAGAUCUAAGAGCGCGUACCGAGCUCAAUCAAUUAUGCGCGUUAUUAAUUAAUAAGGAACAUAACGAUCGUAUCCAAAGAGCGUUGGCACAAGAACAAAUACAGUGGCACCUUAUUCCCCCGUAUUCCCCUCACUUUGGUGGGCUCUGGGAAAGUGCGGUCAAAUCCGCGAAGCAGCACUUGAAGCGAGUCAUAGGGGAACAACGCUUAACGUUUGAAGAGUUGUAUACGAUCUUGACGCAGGUAGAAGCUUGCCUCAACUCCCGUCCGCUUCACCCACUAUCCUGUGACCCCAAUGACCUCAGCCCUCUAACCCCAGGGCAUUUCCUUAUUGGCGUCGCUCUAACGGCACCACCGCAGGCCGAUCUGCUUCACUUGAAUCAGAAUCGACUAAAUCGCUAUCAGUUAAUCCAGUACACAGCGCAACACUUCUGGAAACGGUGGCACCGAGAACAUCUCCAUGAGUUGCAGCAACGGCACAAAUGGCAGCUGGACUCACCAGACAACGUCAAGGCCGGUGAACUGGUCAUCAUCCGAGAGGACAACACCCCUCCGCUGAAAUGGCGACUCGGAAGAAUCGCAGAUCUUCACCCAGGCUCCGACAAUACUUCUCGGGUGGUGUCCAUCAAGGUGGCGGACGGCAUCAUAAAGAGACCCGUCACAAGAGUUUGCGUUCUACCCAUAGAGGAAGUGCAAACAUAA